GAAAUUGCAACAAUUUCAGGGACUUAUUUGAACUUGGGUGCUCAAUACGACGUUGGUUCGUCAAAGUCCAGCGCGGGGGAGUGUGGUCGAGCCACGGACAUAACCGCAGCCCUCAGGGGUGGUUUGGAAAGCUUGGAUAGUUGAACGAUGAAGUACUUGAAGCCGCUGGCUUUGUUCCAUGGAUUGCUGAAGACAAAAGCAAAAGAGCGGGGAAGGUUGCUCGGCCUGGAUGUUGGAGACAAGUAUGUUGGAUUAGCCAUCUCAGACACCCAUAAUAAAAUCGCAUCUCCUCUAAGUGUUCUGCUAAGGAAGAAAACAAACAUUGAUUUGAUGGCCACUGAUUUUCAGAGUCUGAUAUCUGAACUUUCACUGGUGGGAUUUGUUGUUGGCUACCCUUUUGAAAGAGGCCGAGCUGCUCCUGAUGCUUUUCAAGUGAAGCUUUUCAUCGAUGAUCUUUCUCAAACAGGGAAACUUCGAAAUUUCAAAUACACAUAUUGGGAUGAGUGCUUUACCACAAAGAAUGCUGAAUUACUGGUCAAGCCGUUGGAUUUGCAUCCAACCCAAGCAAAAACCAUUACUGACAAGUUUGCUGCUGUUGGGAUACUUCAGGGAUACCUGGAUUAUGUUAAUAGGAAGCUGGAAGGAGGCACCAGAAUAAGGAGUUUGAAAUGAUGCAACUGUUUUUCAGUCAGGUGGUAAAGAGGGAGGUAUUACAUUGUACCUAAAUCAAAUUUGCAAGGUCCCAUUGCAUGACCACCUUUGAUGGUGUUGCUUGCUUCAUUCUCCAAUCAACAGUUACUCGGGUUUUUCCCUAGAACUGAUAUAUCUUUGUGAUUUUUUGCCUAGUGGUUCCUUCGACUGAAGGCCCUAAGGAAAAAACGGUCGUUUUUGGUUAUCUUUUUAUUUUAAAAUUUAUUUUAAAUGUAGUUACCUUAAGAAGGAAGAUGACAUUUUUUUCUUAAAUUGUUUAGAUAAUUGUUAUUACUGAUACAA